AUGGGAGACCAGGAUGGAGGUGAACCCUUUCUGGGGACAGUGGCUGGUGGUGCCACAGACUAUGACGGGGCUCUGCCCUCAGACACAGUGUCGCUCAGCGAUUCUGAUUCUGAUGACAUGGGGUUAGCGGAUGAAGCGGAAGUUGAUACAAUAUCUCCUGAGGAGCCAUCUGUAGAUGAUGGGGAUUACAGAUCGGGGGGAACCCCUGAAUCUUCAAACAUCAGUCACAGAUCUCCUGUCCAGCCGUUCCAUCUGAGGGGCAUGAGUUCUACGUUCUCUCUUCGUAGCCAGAGCAUUUUUGAUUGCCUGGAAGAGGCAGCCAAGUUGUCUGUGCCCUCAAUGCCUGAGGAUAAUGUUGUUGAUGGGAGAUUUAAACGUCCAUUGCCUCCAGCCACAGUUUCAAGUAACACAGUUCCAGAAAGCCUGAGAAAGCAAGCCAAACCACUGCAGGCUCCCAAAACCUCUCCUGCAGUGCCUGACUAUGUGGCACACCCAGAGCGCUGGACCAAAUACAGCCUAGAUGGAGUUUCAGAGUCUACUGACAAGACUAACAGGGCGGUGGCCAUGGAAUUUCUAGAGGGUUUGAAGAAAAGAGGGGAGGAAAAAAGCUCAGCUAGUCAAGAUAGCUAUACCCCAUACUUCAACCAGGACCCUUCCAGCUGUGGAGCUGGGAGGAUUGUCUUCACCAAACCAAUAAAAAGGGGUGUUGAUGGACUGGAAAAGAAAACAUCAGCAGGGGAGGAUGAUAAGAAACAUAUGAAAACAGAUCUGAAAGGAAAACCUCUUAAGAAGACUGAUGAUUUGAGGGAGGAGGAUAAGGUAGAGCUGGGGCACUUAGAUAGUGGAAGUGGAAAGGCAACAGAGGAGGAGGAGUGCGUGGUGGUGGGGGACCUGAAUACAGAAGGUAGGCUGAGUGCAGGGUUUAGUGGUGCAGGUGAAGAGCCCUUGGUGGAAACAGUUGGAUUCCAUUGCAGUAAGAAGAAGAACAGGAAAAAUUUCCGACCUAAAGUAGAUGAUGAAGGGGAGGAGGAAGAGUCCUGA